UCAGCUUCUCCGCCUCCACAAACCCUAGAAACGGCACUCCGCUCCUCAGGUAAUACUUUCAUUAGGGUUUUAGGGUUCGCAUCUUCCUCAAAUGGCUCCAGCUAAAGUUGAUAAUGCCAAGAAGUCAGACCCAAAGGCACAGGCCUUGAAGACAGCCAAAGCUGUCAAAGCAGGUUCAACAGCCUUCAAGAAGAAGUCAAAGAAGAUACGCACUAAGGUUACCUUUUACCGACCGAGAACAUUGAAGAAGGACAGGACCCCCAAAUACCCUCGCAUCAGUGCUCCACCGAGGAACAAGCUCGACCACUACCAGAUUCUGAAAUACCCACUCACCACCGAGUCGGCUAUGAAGAAGAUUGAAGACAACAACACCCUUGUUUUCAUUGUUGACAUCCGUGCUGACAAGAAGAAGAUCAAGGCUGCUGUCAAGAAAAUGUACGACAUUCAUACCAAGAAAGUGAACACUCUUAUCAGGCCGGAUGGCACGAAGAAGGCAUACGUUAGGUUAACACCCGACUACGAUGCUUUGGAUGUCGCUAACAAAAUCGGAAUUAUCUAAGUAAUGGAAUCUCGAGUUUUGUGUUUUGCUUUUUCUCAAGUAUUGGACUGUAUGAACUCUGAAUUUUGUACUAAAUACAGAACCUUGUUUCAUUUCAUUUUAGACGUUUGUGGUUCAGAAACUAAAACUCCCCAAUUUAUAUUAUUGUUCGAUUAGAUUGGUUUAUAUUUUA